UAGAUGGUGAAAGCAUAAACUUGAAGCAUUCUUCAGUGGGUAAUAGUAAAUGUGUGAAGUAUUUAGGUCANGACAUUACCCAUUUGAAAUUCAUUUUCAAAUUUUUGUUGAAAAAACACAAAAAAACCCUUCCUUGUGAGGUUUUUUGUAGCUUGUACAUCCUGUUAGGGAUAUGUGAGAUUUUAAUCCCAAAUCGUAGUGGACGAGUUUUUCCUGUAUUGUUUCGAAUUGUGGAUGAGUUGAGUAGUUUGAGUAAAUACUGUUGGGGUGGGUUAGUUUAUCGUUAUUUGUUAGACAAUUUGAGUGAAGCCUCAUAUUCUGUGAAGAAAGGCAAAGCAACAAGCAAUGUUUAUGUUGAUGGGUGUGUUUACAUGUUGCAGGUUUGGUUUUGUGAGCAUUUCAUGGCUCCUGAAGGUGCAAUAGCGACAGUUCCAAGGUUCUUGCACUGGAUGAAUAGAAUUGUUGGAGACAACAUUGUGAAACGUGUGUUUGAAAUGGGUUUGGUUCAUGUUGUAGAUGAAAUUGGUGGUGUAAGGAAGGAUGACAAAGAUGUCAUAGAAGAAGAAGCAGCACCAAAAAACUAUGCAGAGCAAAGAAAAAAGAAAUUGCAAAAAAAAGAACGCAGGGAGAGUUUGAUGCGCACUGCAGAGGAUCAGAAGUGUUUAAUUGAAAAACUUAAAAGGGAGGUGAAUGACUUAGAGCAAGAGUUGGAGAAAGAGAAGGCCAAAAGAAGAAGUAAAAAGUCAACUGCAGAUGACGGUUUUCAGAGUGCUGGAUGUCCACAAGCAGCAACUGACGAUGCAUUCGUUUCACCUGUUCGUUUGUCGGCCGAGGAAGGGGUAGAAUGAGUAACAAUGAAGAAGGUCCAUUGUCGCCAGAUGCACCAGGUGGAAUGGCUGACAAGCAAUCACAGUUGAGAACUUAUGUUAGGAUUAGUUCAAAAAGAAGAGUUAAGAGCAAAGCACUUAGGACACCUUACACAGGAAAUGUAUGAGUUAGAAAGACAAAGGAUUAACUAUUGUGUUAAGCUGGAACAAAAGUAUUGUGU